AUGGUGUCGUCUGCGGGCGAGACGAGACAAGAGCAGUACCGUCUCAAUGAUGAGAUGCAGUUCUUGGCCAUUGAGCGGGCCAUCAGCAACCAGGAAGAGGCGGAAAAGUCGGGCAGAUCAGGCAAAUCGCAUUCCAUGAGGCUCGCGCGCACACGCUCGCGUAUGCGAUCCACAGAUGAGGAUGCCUUCAAUGCUCCUGAACCAACUCCCACAUUCGAAACGCCAAUGAUGGCUGAGCCUGAGACCAAGGUAGCUAAGGCCUUCCUUGGAGUCAAGAAACUUCCACGAGCGAUUCGAUACAUAUUGUAUGCGACGCCUGUAGCCCUCGUGCUACUGGUUCCGGUCUUCCUGGGGCUGUUUACUCCAUUGGGAGAGCAAGCUGCUAUAGGUGGCGACGGAGGUGUUCAACUGAAAUGGUUCGGCAUCUGGCUUGAAAUUGUCUGGCUCUCUUUAUGGGCCGGACGAGUGAUCAUGACGAUAAUCCCUGUUAUAAUGGGCUUCCUCGGCAAAGCCGCUGGGGCAAGCACAAGUAGGAAAUGGAGAGAGAUUGGACGAAAUCUGGAGAUACCCUUCGCUCUGUUUCUCUGGAUGCUUGCAACCAUGAUCUCGUUCCAGCCCAUUGUUAACGAUCGUGCCCAUCGAGCUCCACGAGAUGAUCCGGCUGCGGAUCCCGCCCCUGAUCUGGCGUGGGCCCGUCAUAUUUACAAGGUCAUCAUUGCUGUAUUUGUUCUGGCCUCUAUGCAUGUGGUUGAAAAGGUUAUCAUCCAGUGGAUCGCAUCAUCUUUCCACAGGCGGACGUACUCUCAACGCAUCGAGACGAACAAGCAGAGCAUUGCCUAUCUGGUCCACCUUUACGAAUAUUCAAAGGAACAGCUAUUCCGCGAAGAUUCGAUCUAUGAAAAUGAUGGAAAUGGUGGAUCCGGGGCUAAGACACCUAUGGCCGCCCUUCAAAAGACCGCCCGCCAGGUUGGCAACCGUGUUGGAGACGUUGCCCAACGCAUCAAGGGAGACUUUACCGGCCAGAAGAUCCACUCGAGGAAUCAUCCUCGGAAAGUCGUCUCGGAAUUGCUGCGAAGCUCGCAGACCUCCCAGGUUCUCGCCCGAAGGCUCUUUCGCACGUUUGCUGGAGGAAAAGACAUCCUCGAAGCAGAUGACCUGAACCCCGCAUUUCCCACGGCUGAGGAUGCUGAGGCUGCCUUCAUGCUUUUCGACCGCGAUCUCAACGGGGAUGUGCAGUGUGAAGAACUCGAGGCUAUGUGUGAUGAGGUGCAUCGUGAGAAGAAAGCUAUCGCAGCCUCUCUUAAGGAUCUCGACGACGUCAUCAGCAAACUGGAUAGUACCUUUCUGGUGAUUAUCGUCAUCAUUGCCAUUAUUGUUCUCAUCACCAUCAUCUCCAGUUCGGCGGCCACGGCUCUCACUUCGGCCGGUUCAACCAUCCUGGGUCUCUCUUGGUUGCUCCAGGCCACGGCUCAGGAGUUUCUCCAGUCCAUCAUCUUCGUCUUCGUCAAGCACCCCUUCGAUGUUGGCGAUCGUGUCACUGUCUAUGGCAACACGGGCGAUACGGGUGCUGGCGAUGAUUACUAUGUCACGGCCAUCUCCCUGCUUUACACCGAAUUCAAGAAGAUGCAGGGUCAAAUUGUGCAGGCACCCAACUCUGUGUUGAACACGCUCUUUAUCCUGAACCACCGGCGCAGUAACGGACUGGCUGACGUCAAUACCUUGAAGAUGAUGUUUGGGACGCCCGAGUCUAUGAUUGAUCUACUAAAGGACCGAAUGACGCAGUUUGUGAAGGCAAACAAACGCGAUUACGGUGGUCAAAUUAUCACAGAAAUGACCGGGUUCGAGGAUUCUUACGCUGUCUCCGUCAACUUCAUCUUCUUUCACAAGUCCAGCUACCAAAAUGAACUUCUUCGUCUUACUCGACACAACCGCUUCGCUUGUAAGCUUCAGGAGGAAAUGGUGGCUGUCGGCAUUGAGCAACCUCGUCGCGUGUACCAGAUCAGCGGUCGUGAUUUCCCUCUGUACAACGCCAACAUCGAGCCUCCGGCUUACACGCCGCCACCACCGCAGAAUCUACCUCGUGAACCCUCCGAGGAGAUGUUCCCAACAUUGAGCAACACCCCAAGCAGUGGUACAAACAUGAAUAACUCCAGAGAAAGCCGCAUGAGGGCUGGUUCAAACAUUUCUAUCACUCUUAAUGAUCAGACCGUACCGCAGGGGAUGGAUUUCCAAGACGUGUUUGACUCCCGUGGCACCGCAAACAUCAACCCCGCCCUUGUACGCCCAAUAGGCUCCAUUCGGCAGAUGGAGCGAAGAAAUCACCAUCCUGAGCCGAUUAUGGAGGACGCCGGCGAAGGCAGCGCGCUUAACCAGCUAAACUCCGGCAGCUCGGCUGCCACAAGCAACCGCAAACGAAUGUUUGGUGGGCCCCGAAGGAGCAUGACCUGGAGCAAACGAAAUACCAGUGAGGACAUAGUCUAA